AUGGCGGAAUGGUUUCAAUCGAUGGCGGAAUGGUUUUGGCCACGUUUCGAUCCCAACAAAUGCAAGCUCUACCUCAAAUCCGCAGUCGUUCGUAUGAACUUGAAGAAGAAGAAGGGCCAGGAGCAGAACAAGCUGGCGGAGAAGGAGAUCAGCGAGCUGGUGAAGCAGGAGAAGGACGAGAUGGCCCGACUCCGGGUCGAGCAGCUGGUGCGCGAGCAGCGGCUGCUCGAGGCCUACGACGUGCUGGAGCUCUUCUGCGAGAUCGUCGUCACGCGCCUCCAGCUCAUCAACAUAGAGAUCCCCGAUGACUUGGCGGAGGCCGUGCACACGCUGACGUGGGCGUCGCUUCGUGUGGCGAUCCCCGAGCUCAAGCAGGUGGCCAACCAGUUCAAGCUCAAGUACGGCGAGGAGUUCCUCAAGGCGGCGCUCGACAACACCUCCUGCUAUGUCAACGAAGAGUUGAUGGAAAAGCUGUCGGUGUGCUGCCCCGAGAAGGACUUUGUCGAGGAGGAGUUUUUCCGCCUCUCGCCCGUGCCCGACAAGACCACGCAGCUCGAGUUCGCUUCGUUCGGCCAGGACGGGCCAUCAUCGAUGCCACCGAUGCCGUCCACCACCGAUUGCUGCCCGCCAGCCGGCGGCGCGCCCAUGCCCAUGCCCAUGCUGCCCCAGCAGCCGCUGCCCCAGCCGCAGCACUUCUCCACGGCGCCGGCGCCGGCGUCGACUUACGGGCCGCCGCCGCAGCCCACGCCGACGGCGAUCCCGCCCUACGUGCCGCCCGACCUGGACUUUGGCGACUGGUCGUCGCCGCUCGGUCCGUCCGCCUUCCCGCACCUACCCAGGCCGGCGCCCUCGCACCAGGCACCACCGGGGAUGCCUGCCCCUGCUAUCGGAGACGUCUUCGGCCACAUCGACCCGUCGCUGCAGUUCCCGCCCAUCCCCACGGACAACCCGGACCCGGCAUUCGUUUCACCCACGCCCCCCACCGCCGGUAAGCACCCGCCACCGUCAUCCCCCCCCCCCAAAUUCGUUCUCUCAGCCCCCUCGCACUACGAUCGUCUCACGCCGCCCUUCGUUUUUGCGUAG